AUGGAACGGAAGGAGAUCAUGGAGCUCGGCAGCGGCGAGCCGAAGGAGAUCACGGACCUCGUCAGCGGCAAGCCGAUGGAGACCAUAGCCCUCGGCAGCGGCAAGCUCCAUGACUAUCCGUUCGUGAGGCGGCUCCGCAACCGGCGGCUCCUCGUCUACCUCUGGCUCCAGGGCUUCGACGCCGCUUACGAUAGCGUUGUGCACGAGUCGGGUGUGCAGAUGAGCAGGCUGCACUUGCGGCAGCUGGUGGUCUGGGGCCGGUGGAGCGAAGCCCUCGACUACAUAAGUCGCUUCCUGCCGCCGGCGCUGAACGACUGGAGCCUCGAUGCCCGUUCCCUCCUCUUCUUCCUCCACGAGCUGUGGGCUCUGGCCAACUUCGCCGCCGCCGCGUGCUCAACGGACGGCCUCGACUCUGUGCGCGGCGACCUCAGCUUCCUGAGGACCCUUGCCAGUACCAACGCCAAGCUCUCCUCCAUCCUACGAUACACACUCCACUCGCCGCAAUUCAGGGCGUCUCUGGACUGGAUGCUGGUGAGGAAGAAGGCAUCGUUGAUUGUUGACCACUGGGCUCUUGAGACUCCGGAAUUGAGGCGCAAGUUGCAAUUGCCCGGUGGCCCAGGUCUCCCGCAGAACUUGCUUCCCAUCGGCCCCCUUUGUCCAAGGCGUCACUGGAGGGAACAAUCCCGGCGGGCGAAAGCAUCGACGAUUGCCAAGUCCUAUCUCAACAGGAAGAGGAGCCUGCCGCCUCCAAGCCCAUAUCCUGAAGGAUUGCCCGAAGAUGCACUCAGCCGGGUGGCGGAUCUUAUUGAGGGAUGUUUAAGAGCUGGUAAACUUCCGGAGCUCCAUCAAGGGCGCCCGCUUCAAUCAAAUGCAAAGGAAGGCCUAAUCAAGCAUUCUAGAAAAGAUGAUUGUUAUAGCAGCAGUGCUGGUCAGGGUUCUGUUGGAAGAAAAAAGAGAGAAGAUCUGAUGACUGCUGAAGAUGAUCCUGAUAGAAAAAAGCAACGGACUGAACUGGAAUAUUAA